CACGGGUCCGAAGCGAAGCUCUGUCCCAUCUGGGUGAAGGAUUGUAGCAUGGCUCGCGAGUUCUGGAAUGCAGGGAGUUUGCUGCAACAGCUGAGCUGAAGGAGUAUAAAGGGUCCAUCGUAUCUUCGGUGCAUAUUGGGAUUGAAGGACCUCAACAUACUGUUUUGAUUUGGAGUCGAGAACGUCUCUUUAGAUGAUAAGAACAGGAACAUCCAUCCACCUUUCAUCCCCGUUACCAGGUCGUUCACGUCUCGCACCAGGAAGGGAGACUCUCCCACAAUCGGCGAACCAGUGUCGGUGGAUGUCGACGAAGAGGACGAGGUCAUCCUCGACUGUUGACGAUGGAAGCAGCAGAGGCCAUCUUCCUUGGAAACGCACACUGCGAAAGCAACGAGGGAGAGGAAAGAGCGCCAUCUUCUCUUUGAACGCCUCGAUUCGUCCGCAUCUCUCCCCUCCGUUUCGCGCCGAAAGAAAUACGAAACGGUCGCGAAUUUCUGCUCGCCUCGGCAGCGACUCUGAAACCACCAGCAACGAGCGACAGCUCAACCUCUCUGUCCUUCGCUUCACUUUUGGCAUAUCUGGUUUGGACGAGUCGUACUUGCCUAGAUGGAUAGGGUAUGGGUUUGGUUCGCUCUUGUUGUUGAAUCACUUCGUGGGGUCGGAUCUCGCCAAUAUAACCCCAGCUCAGCUGAGGACAGAGGUUCUGGGUCUUUCUUUGGCUGCAUUCUCCAUUAUACUCCCUUAUCUUGGAAAAUUCCUUCCGGGUGCUGGUCCAGGGAAUCAAGUCACAUUGCCUGAAGGCAAUGAGCAGCUCUUCGUCAUGUCAGAAAGUCUGUCUGAUACAUUGAAGGAGAACUUGGCUUGGGCAACAUAUGUUCUAUUGCGCAAUACAAAUACUAUUGCUGUGUUAAUAUCAAUCAGAGGCGAGCUAUGUAUACGUGGCUAUUGGAGAACACCGGAUGAUGUAUCUAAAGGUCACGUCCUUGAUUGGUUUGAGGAACAGAUACAGAAAAUUGGCCUCUCUGAUUUGAAGGAUACACUCUAUUUCACUCAGAGUCCAGAUUUUGGGUUUCGGGAAUUGUUACCAAAUGGGACGCGAUCACUCUUGGUGCAGCCGCUGCUUCAAGUUUCAGAUCAGGAGGAAUACGAGAUGGGGAGAAAUGAAGGGUUUGUGGUCCUGUUCUCAAGCAUGAGUUAUGCUUAUAGUGACAAAGACAGAGCCUGGAUAAAAGCUGUUGCAAACAAGUUUACGGGGAGGAAAGGAAGGAAUCCACCUGACGCAGUUGAAAUGUAUUUCUAAAUUUGUAAGAGGGGUCAACUCAUAUUUGAGCUAGUCUCUCAAGCUAAAUAUGUAUAUCCUCUCAAGUUAUGAUGUGCGGAACAUUCUUUCUGUGCUUCGUGUGUUUUUCAAAGCAAUUUGUCUCAAGUUAGGUUGGGAUCCAUCAAGUUCAGACAUUGGAUUAAUAAACAGGUUCUUCGGAAUCAAUAAACAAGUUCUUCGCAAUCCAUCACAUGAUUAUCUAUGAACAUGGUCUGAGGGUGAGUACUAAACAAAGGAGAAGAUCGAGAUCACCAACUUCUGCUGAGGGAGAGGCGGAGGCUCUACUAAGUGAGACCAAAGGCAAAUUGGUUGAAGCUCAAGCAAAAAUCUAGCUGAGGCAAGGGAGGAGCUCCAAGCUACUAAAUAAGAAAUUGUUGCACUCAAGAAUCGGAUGGAUAACUGCAAGGGAGAAUUACUCCAACUUAUGGAGCUUUUCUAAUGCAGUGAUGGCGGUUUCUCGCGUUAAUCCAGCUGAAACUCCUCAGAUAGUUACCAUGAAUGAUGGGAGUGAUACGAUCAUAUAGUGAGGAAGAAUAUCCUGAUGAGGAGCAAUUUCGUGGAUAUCUUUUCUGCAUAUUGGAGGGCUCAAAAUUCUAAAAGCUGUUGAUGCAUAUUGAGAUGGUUAGCUUUCCUUGAUUCAUGUCUUUUUAUGGUUGUAUUGCUUGAUCUAAGAUUUGAGCUUUCAUUGGUCCUUCGGUAGUAUGGGAGAGUUGAAUGUGUUUCCAUCUGUCAAAAACUAUUUGUUACUGUUAGUUUGAGUAUAUUCACCAUUCUUCAAUUUUAAUCACUGUUUUGUAGGAUGGUCCCAUGUGGAAAAUAGUUGUUAAAAAAUCUUAUUAGGCUCGUCUUCAGAUUCUUUGAUUACAGAGCAGUACUAGACAUCAUGGAGACGCAUUAAUUUUGAGGUUGUUGCACGUAUUCUUUCACUGUUUUUUUUAUCUUGUGCAGGUGGUGAUGAUACACAAGGACUAUGUGAUUUCUUUCGAUGUGGUUAAUUACAAAAGCAUGGCGGAGAUCUACUAGAGGUUGAGGAUAUUUUCAAGAUGAUUAUCGAAUAAAGGGGGUGAUGAUAUGCAAGGAGUAUGUGAUCUCUUUUGAUGCAGUUAAUUGCAAAAGCGCGGCGUAGAUCUAUUAGAGGUUGAGCUUAUGUUUUUCAGAUGAUUUUGUAGAAUACAUGUUAAAUUUCUCUCUUGCUUGUUAUAUCUGGGGUGUGGAAAUUUCAUGUUCUGAUGUGGAUUUAAGACUUCAGAUUUUCAAUCAGAUAUAGUCGAUUUUCAA